GUGUGCCGGCGCACACCCGGCACACCAUCUAGAUCCGGAUCCGCCCCUGAUAUGGCUGUGUAUUACAAGUUCAAGAGUGCCAGAGACUAUGACUCGAUCCCGAUCGAGGGGCAAUUCAUCUCGGUUAUCAACCUGAAGGAGAGGAUUUUUGAGUCGAAGCAUCUUGGCAGAGGCACUGAUUUCGACCUCAUGAUCUCGAAUGCGCAGACUGACGAAGAAUAUGCUGAUGAAUCCAUCAUGAUACCAAAGAACACUUCGGUAUUGAUUCGCCGGAUACCUGGACGCCCAAGGAUGCCAAUCGUCACUGAACCAGAACAGGUGAUAGCUGCAGAAAAUAAGGUAGAACAAGUCAUGCCUGCUGGUAGCGCUUUUUUUGGUGAUUCAUCUAUGAAAUUUCCUGAAGAAUCUGAGUGGGAUGAUGAGUUUGGCAACUCUUUAUAUGUUUCUGAUUCGGUUCCUUCUCAGCCUGCUAGCCAUGCAGUUGAUGCUUCUGCUGAAAAUCAAAUUGAUGAAGAUAGUAAAAUACAAGCCCUUAUUGAUACAUCGGCCGUUGACUAUAGCCAAAUCCCUGAUGGGUAUGGCUCUGGAAGAGGGUAUGGCAGAGGGAUGGGCGGGAGAAUGAUGGCUGGCCGUGGUUUUGGACGGGGACUGGGUCGGCUGGAAAGCAGGGCACCUCCUCCUGGCUAUAUUUGUCAUAGAUGUAAAGUACCUGGCCACUUCAUUCAACAUUGUCCAACAAAUGGUGAUACUAGAUAUGACGUGAGAAGGAUGAAACCCCCAACCGGCAUUCCAAGAUCCAUGUUGAUGGCAACUCCAGAUGGCUCGUAUGCAUUGCCUAGUGGGGCUGGUGCUGUUUUGAAGCCAAAUGAAGCUGCUUUUGAGAGGGAGAUAGAGGGCCUACCCACCACUCGCUCUGUCGGUGAUCUCCCACCAGAGUUGCGUUGCCCGUUGUGUAAAGAAGUAAUGAAGGAUGCUGUUCUAACUAGUAAAUGCUGCUUUAAGAGUUUCUGUGAUAAAUGCAUCAGGGACUACAUAAUUAACAAGUCAAUGUGUGUCUGUGGUGCCACAAGCAUAUUAGCAGAUGAUCUUCUCCCCAAUAAAACUCUAAGAGAAACCAUCAGCCGCAUAUUAGAGGCACCACCAACUAGCAGUACAGAAAAUCCGGGAAGCAUGGUGCAAAUACAGGACAUGGAGUCGGCUCUACCUAUACAACCCAGGAUUAGGUCUCCUGCUGUUUCUGCUGCUUCAAAGGAAGAGCCUAAAGCACCGACGCCUAUAGAAGAAUCUCCAGACGCUGAGAGCCAUAGUGGAGUGAACACUAAUGUUGAUGCGGGUUCUUCAGAUAAGAAGGCUACCACGAUUCCAGAUGUCUCUGAAGGGACAAUGAACUUUAAAAAUGUCAAAAAAGAAAAAACGCCAGAAGUAAUUCAUGUCGCAAAAGAGUCACCACAAAAAUUGCCUGCAGGCGAACAAGCUGUAAAGAAGAAAAAGAAGAAGAAGGUGCGUGCACCAGGGAAUGGCGAGGAGCAAUGGAGAAAUUAUCAAGAUUUUGGAGCUGAAAAUUUUGGUGGAAUGCCUUUGGGUCCAACAGGGGUUUUUAAUCCUUACUGGGGAGGAGGGAUGCCAUUGCCAAUGGAUUACAUGGGUGCACCAUUUCCAGGUCCCAUGCCAUACAUGGGUUAUCCACCAGGUCCAUUUGAUCCUUUUGGUGGUGGAGUUCUCCCUCAAGAUCCAUUUAUGCCCCCAGGAUACAUGAUGCCAACAGUUCCUAGGGACCUUUCCGAAUUAGCAGUCAACAAUAUGGGAAUGAACAUGGGACCUCCAGUUGUAAGAAGGGACGAAUUUGAGCCCAGGAAACCUGAUGGGAGGAGACGUGAAAUGGACCUAUUCAAUGAAAGGGAGCGGGAUCGGGAGCGGGAGCGUGAACAUUCCCGCGAUAGGGAAAGGGAGCGGGAGCGGGAGAGGCAGAGGGAGCGAGACCGUGAUCUGGACCGAGACCGAGACAGGGAGUAUCGAAGGGAAGCAAAGGAAUCAUCAGGAGCCGUAAACGAUAGUACCUCGAUGAGACCUAAGGAUAGGCCGAGGCCCGAGGCGGACAGGUCCGACCGCGCGCCGCCGCCGCCGCGGUCACUCAGCCCGGACCGGCGGUCGCGUCGUUCCCCGUACCGGUCCUCCAGCUCCGGCAAGAAGCGCUCCUCCUCCGACCGCUACGACGACCAGCCCCUCCCGCCGCCGCCGCCGGCGGCGGCGUCGUCGCGGCAAGAGGCGGAGCACGCGAAGGCAGCGGCAGCCAAGGCCAAGGCCAGCGUCUUCUCCCGCAUCAGCUUCCCCGGCGACGCCAGCACCUCCGACGCCAAGCGCAGCCGCAGGUCGUCCUCCGACAAGCCACUCGCGUCCUCCUCGUCUUCUUCGUCCAAGCGAGGCGUUGCAGUGGCCGAGGAGAGCGACAGCCGUCAUCGCCACCAUCGCCAUCACAGGGAGACGGCCCCCAUGGCGGAGGAGGAGAACGAGAGGCGGAGGCCCGCGGCUGCGGACUACGACGACGAGGAAGAGCAGUCGAGCGAGGAGGAAAAGCACUUCAAGAGGCGCCCGUCGUCCUCCAGGCGGGAGCGGGAGCACGAGGAGCCGCAGCAGCACUCGCGGCGGUCCAGGGAGCGCGCCGACGGCCACCACUACAACGGCGGCGGCGGCGGCCACAGGCGCCGGUGACGCAGGAGGCGAACCUACCUGCCGCCUGCCGGCCGCUGCUGCCCUUACUCCGGUGAUGGGCGUCUGCGACGAAUUGAUAAGUGCGCCGCGAGGGUGCCUCCCAGAUGUCUAGAGCAGAGCAUCUGCGCUCUGUUUCUUUCCUACUAGUUCCUUUUCUUUCAUGUACAUUGACCCUUCGGGGUUUCGAGUUUAAUCAAAUGAUCACAUGAAAUGAGGAUUAAGAAUAAGUAUGCUUUGAGUUGCGCAUUCUUCUUGGCUACCAGCCUACAACGAAAUGAGGCAAAUGAUCAGUUGAUUUUCUCCUCA